AUGUGAAAGUGUAGUAGAGCUGUCUCACCCACCGAGUCGCCCCGUAUCGAAAACGCGUGUCGUGGCAAAGAAACAAUGUCCUCAGUGGAAAAUGCAGAAAAUGGCGUAGGAAAAUAUUCUUAUCAGACUGUGUACUACAUCAUUACCAACAACAACAACAGUAACGGCACCGAAGGCGAAUCAGAUCAAGUGGAAAAUUUACAUGCGAUAACUGCAGCUGUCGACAGUGAACUUACACGGAAGCGUCGCAAAAUAGAAGCAAUUAAGAUGCAGGGACAAAUGUCCGGAGCAGUACAAGCGCAAGGUGGAUCGCCCCAGACUGCGGCCCUAGCAGCACAACAGCAGCAGCAGCAGCAAAGCAUUGCGGUGAAAAUGGAUGCAGCGAAUCAGCUGUCUUCUGCUGGACUGUUGGAGCUGGCACACCGAGAGUAUCAGGCGGUUGAUUACGAAAAUGCCGAACGCCACUGCAUGCAGCUGUGGCGCCAGGAAAGCAACAACACCGGCGUACUGCUGCUACUGUCGUCGAUCCACUUCCAGUGCAGACGGUUGGACAAAUCAGCACAAUUUUCUACGCUGGCCAUUAAACAAAAUCCUCUGCUCGCCGAAGCGUACAGCAAUCUGGGCAAUGUUUAUAAGGAGCGCGGUCAGCUUCAGGAAGCCCUAGAAAACUACCGACAUGCAGUGCGUCUGAAGCCCGAUUUCAUUGACGGGUAUAUCAACCUGGCCGCUGCAUUAGUUGCAGCCCGUGACAUGGAACAGGCAGUACAAGCGUACGUCACCGCUCUGCAAUACAACCCGGAUCUGUACUGUGUGCGAAGUGAUUUGGGAAAUCUGUUGAAAGCACUUGGUCGGCUAGACGAAGCGAAGGCAUGCUAUCUGAAAGCCAUCGAAACUAGACCAGACUUUGCGGUCGCCUGGAGCAAUCUCGGUUGUGUCUUCAAUGCGCAGGGUGAGAUAUGGCUGGCGAUACAUCACUUCGAGAAAGCGGUUGCGCUCGACCCGAACUUCCUCGAUGCCUACAUCAAUCUGGGCAACGUGCUGAAGGAAGCCCGCAUCUUCGACAGAGCCGUCGCAGCAUAUCUUCGCGCCCUAAACCUAUCGCCCAACAAUGCAGUUGUGCAUGGAAAUUUGGCCUGCGUAUACUACGAGCAGGGACUCAUCGAUCUGGCGAUCGAUACGUACCGGCGUGCGAUCGAUUUACAGCCCAACUUCCCCGACGCGUACUGCAAUCUGGCAAACGCGUUGAAGGAAAAGGGCCAGGUAAAGGAGGCAGAAGAAUGUUACAACAUUGCCCUGCGGCUCUGCCCCAACCAUGCCGAUUCACUCAACAAUCUGGCCAACAUCAAGCGCGAACAGGGUUACAUCGAAGAAGCUACCCGGCUGUACCUGAAAGCGCUUGAGGUGUUCCCAGAGUUUGCGGCCGCACACUCGAACCUUGCCUCGGUGCUACAGCAGCAGGGCAAGCUAAAUGAGGCACUUCUCCACUACAAGGAAGCAAUUCGUAUCCAGCCCACGUUCGCCGAUGCGUACUCCAACAUGGGCAACACGCUGAAGGAGAUGCAGGAUGUGGCCGGUGCACUCCAGUGCUAUACGCGCGCCAUCCAAAUCAAUCCAGCGUUUGCCGAUGCUCACAGCAAUUUGGCUAGCAUUCACAAGGAUUCGGGCAACAUUCCGGAGGCUAUUCAAUCGUACCGGACGGCACUGAAGCUGAAGCCCGAUUUCCCGGACGCAUACUGUAAUCUGGCCCACUGUUUGCAGAUCGUUUGUGACUGGACCGAUUAUGAGGCACGCAUGAAGAAGCUGGUGGCGAUCGUUGCCGAUCAGUUGGAUAAGAAUCGGCUACCGUCGGUUCAUCCGCAUCACUCCAUGUUGUACCCGUUGUCACACGAGUUCCGCAAAACGAUCGCUGCCCGGCAUGCGAACUUGUGUCUGGAAAAGAUUAACGUUUUGCACAAACCACCGUACAAGUUUGGUCGCGAGCUUAAUGGUAGACUUCGCAUCGGAUACGUAAGCAGCGAUUUUGGCAACCAUCCGACAUCGCAUUUGAUGCAAUCAAUUCCCGGUUUGCACGAUCGCAAACGGGUGGAAAUUUUCUGUUACGCACUCAGCCCCGACGAUGGUACAACGUUCCGUGGGAAGAUAAGCCGGGAAGCGGAACACUUCAUCGACUUGUCGCAAACGCCGUGCAAUGGAAAGGCGGCUGAUCGUAUCCACGCGGACGGUAUCCACAUCUUGGUCAACAUGAACGGCUACACGAAGGGUGCUCGGAAUGAAAUCUUUGCCCUACGCCCCGCACCGGUACAGGUGAUGUGGCUCGGAUAUCCUGGCACGAGUGGUGCCUCGUUUAUGGAUUACAUCGUGACCGAUGCGGUCACAUCGCCGCUAGCACUGGAAGCACAGUACAGUGAAAAGUUAGCGUACAUGCCACACACUUACUUCAUCGGCGAUCAUCGGCAAAUGUUCCCACAUCUAAAGGAACGCGUCAUUGUCAGCAACAAAACGCAGAGUAAUUCGCUAGCGGACAAUGUUGCCGUAAUCAAUGCGACCGAUUUGUCCCCUCUGGUCGAAAGUACCGAUGUGAAAACAGUCCGAGAGGUAGUGCUCGCGAACAAACCGGUCGAAAUCCAGCACAAGGUAGCGGAGCUGCCAACAACGACACCGAUCGAAACGAUGAUUGCAUCCGGACAGGUGCAAACAUCGCUCAACGGUGUAGUGGUGCAGAAUGGGCUGGCGACAACGCAGACAAACAACAAGGCCGCAACCGGUGAGGAAGUGCCGCAGAACAUUGUCGUCACCACGAGACAACAGUACGGCCUGCCGGACGAUGCGAUCGUGUACUGUAACUUCAAUCAGCUGUACAAAAUCGAUCCACUAACGUUACAGUCUUGGGUAACGAUUUUAAAACACGUGCCCAAUUCGGUACUUUGGCUGCUCCGUUUCCCGGCCGUCGGUGAGGCGAACAUUCAGGCCACUGCCCAACAGUUGGGUAUUUCGGCGGGACGUAUCAUCUUCUCGAAUGUUGCCGCGAAGGAGGAACAUGUGCGGCGUGGUCAGCUAGCGGACGUUUGCCUAGAUACGCCGCUCUGCAAUGGACACACGACAUCGAUGGAUGUGCUGUGGACCGGAACGCCGGUGGUAACGCUUCCCGCCGAAACAUUGGCAUCGAGAGUUGCCGCAUCACAGCUGGCAACGCUCGGCUGUCCGGAGCUGAUUGCCGAAUCCCGCCAGGAGUAUCAGGACAUCGCCAUUAAGCUUGGCACCGACCGAGAGUAUCUGAAGGCGAUCCGGGCGAAGGUGUGGGUAGCUCGCUGUGAAAGUCCACUUUUCGAUUGCAAACAGUACGCACAGGGAUUGGAAACGUUGUUCUACAAAAUGUGGGAACGAUUUGCGCGCGGCGAACGGCCCGAUCAUAUUUCGGCGAACGAGAAGUAA